ACUACCCUAAAGAAAAAUGCUUAAAUUGGAAAAGAACAAUAUUGUUGGGUGACCUAGAAUGAGAAUAUCAUAAUAUGCUUGAUUUAAAAACGUUGCCGUGGUCUAAAACGCGCAUACUUUAAUUAAUACCCAGAAAACGACCCACACCCAAAUAUAUUUUAUUUGCAUUCCCCGCAAAAGUGUAUAAUCGUUUUCUUUUCUUUGUCAUUAUUAUUCCUAUAGUAUAGCAAAAGUGCAAACAAAUCAAAUAUACACACACAAUUAAAUAAUACACUAAUAAUAAGAAAGAAAACCCCAUCCAGAAGAUUGCCAGUAAAAAAAACAGUUGAGAAUUAGAAUCAACAAGAUUUCUGUAUAGAUGCUCAGACAUUAUUUCUAUCACAAACAUAAAUUCUAUAAAAUUGGGUAUAUUUUGAAGGUUUUAUGAUAAGAAAUGGUGAUGAUUUUGUUAUUUCUGGGUUUCAUACUUGGGGUUCUGGCAGUUAUAGCUUUGGAAGGACUCGUGAUUUUGUUUGUGAUCCGGCGAUUGACUCAGACAACUAAAUCAACUGAAUCGGUUCUGGUUAAUUCUCCACAAAAUACUCUUGAUCCUGGGCAAUCUCUUACUUCUCUAUGCCAGAAACAGGGGUUUGUUUGGGUUCUGGAACCAGAUAAACAUCCUAAAGUCCCUGCUUCAGCUGAGCAAACUAGAAAGAAGGACAUUUUAGAGGUUUCCCCCGUCCAGAAACAUGCAGAAAUUAAAGACCGUACGCUUAUUCUGACUGAAGCAGAUGGUUCCCUUGCAACAAUAAAGCUGAAGGGUUGUUUAGUAGUUGCAGUUUCUGCUACAACCUUUCCUUCAAGAAAAUGGGCAAAACGUUUCCCAAUCAAAGUAGAAAGCAAGAAUACGGCUUUGUACCAAGGGAGCAAAGUGUUUCUUAUAUAUGCAGAAACCUCCUCGGAGAAGGAAUCUUGGUGCAGAGCUCUUCGCCUAGCUUCAUUGGAUGAUAAAGAAAGAAUACUCUGGUUUUCUAAAUUAAGUCAAGAGUUUCGAGGCUAUUUAAAAUCUUUAAGUGAAGGAUAUCCUUUUCUUAUCAAACCCUCAAUGGGCUAUCAAUUAGGGCUUUUGGAUAAGGCUAAUCGGCUUGAUGAUCCCCCAUCAAAAGUUCGUCAGUUUUGGAGAAAGCUUUCCAAGAAGGGUCCUUUGUCAAGUCUUGAUGAGAAAAAGGUUGCUGAUAAAUCUCAGGGUCCUUUGUCAAGUCUUGAUGAGAAAAAGGUUGCUGAUAAAUCUCAUGUUCUCCAAGAUCCUGUUUCUGUUCCAAGUACUACAAAGACAACUAUUCCGGGGAAGAUGCGAAAUGAAUGUGACGAAGACAGCUCUUCUGUUUCUUCUACCGCAUCUGCUCGCUCAGGGGCCUCAACUUAUGGGUGUGAGGUAUCCGAUGCAGAUACUGCUGAGAAAUUUGUUGUUGAUGAGGGCACACUCUGCUGGAACUUACUGGUCUCGCGGUUGUUUUUUGAUGCCAAGAGCAAUGUACAUAUUAAAACUGCUUUGAAGGCUCGGAUUCAGCGAUCACUGUCAAACAUGAGAAUUCCCUCUUAUAUUGGUGAAGUGACUUGUACGGAUAUAGAUCCUGGCAACUUGCCCCCGUAUAUCCAUGGGAUGAGGGCUGUUCCUACUGACAUGAAUGAUAUUUGGGCUAUCGAAAUGGACAUAGAGUAUUCUGGUGGAGCUGUUCUAUGUAUUGAAACCAGACUUGAAGUGCCUGAACUAGAUUCUCAGAACAGCACAGUUGAAUCGAGCUCUGUUGGGGAGGCAACAACUGAUAUUUUGGAGGAAUUUGAGCAAAUGCAAGAAGAUCUGAAGCUUUCUGACGGGAAAAAUGAUUCUUCAGAGCAAAAGGACACAGAAGAUCUUAAACUUGAAAUGCUGAGAAGCUCCGGCAUAGGUGUACCCGCUGCAAGUUCAGGUUCUGGUUCUGGUUCAAGGUGGAAGUCUAUUUUGAAUUCAGUUGCCAAGCAUGUGUCUCAGGUACCGCUUACAUUGACUAUAAGGGUGGCAACAUUGAGAGGAACAAUCCAGUUGCACAUGAAGCCGCCGCCUUCUGAUCAGAUUUGGUUUGGUUUCACCUGCAUGCCUGAUAUAGAAUUCCAGCUGGAAUCCUCUGUCAAGGACCACAAACUCACCAGUGGACGUGUAGCUUCAUUUUUGAUAAAUCGGUUUAAGGCAUCUAUACGGGAUACAUUAGUGCUCCCAAAUUCAGAAAGUGUGGGUGUUUCGUGGAUGUUAGGAGAGAAAGAUGAUUGGGUCCCGCGUAAUGCUGCUCCUUUGAUGUGGCUGAAUCGAGAAGCGCCUUCUGAUACUUCUUAUGAAGUGUCUAGGGACAAAAGAACAGAAGACCGGGAUCUAGAGAGCAAGCAAGUGAAGCAGAGAAAAGUUGAUUUUGUAAAGCAACCUAUAAAUGAAGAUAGUGGUCAUAUUGCUUCUUCCACAACCUUUAGCAGAAGUUAUUCUGAAAACAAUGUCCCUUCGCAGGAUUUGAAAGUGCCUUUGCUGCAGAUUGAGCAAGCACGACAUAUGAGUAUACAGAGGAAACAAGAGAAUCCUGAAUGUCAAUCACCUUCUACUUCUAGGUACGUAAGCUUAAGAGAAGAAUCGAAUAAUCUUGAAGAUGAUGAUUUAAAGCCUAAGAAACCGGUGGGAAGAAAAGCUAGGAUGUUUGACUUGGGGAAAAAAAUGGGUGAGAAACUUGAAGAGAAAAGACGCCAUAUCGAAGAAAAGAGUAGGAAUAUUGUUGAAAAGAUGCGAGGGCCAUGAUGUUAUUGUUGGCUGAAGAUUAUGAUUUAUUCUAUCUAAGCAGCGCAUUCUUCUAUGGUUGAUUCACUCAAUUUUUUUGUUUCCUAUUUUCUCGGAUUCAUGAAAAGAGGACUGUGCUGUCUCCAGUCUACGAUAAUCAUGUAAAGUCUUUGUUCUGGUGUAUAAAUCUGUGAAUGAGAAACUAUUUAUUGGCGAGCAGGAAGUAGCAAGAUGGCUUCAAAAACUAACAAUUUUAAGUUUGAAGGAGAAUAUAAUGAAUACCGGAUUAGACUCGGUCCAUGGAGUAUUUGAUUGUUGCUCCGGAGCAUAGUAAUACUGUAGGGAGCUGGGAGCAUGUUCAUCUGCUUUCUGCACCAUGUUCCCUUAUUUCAAGGAAGAAAAACAAAAAUUCUAGUAUAACUUCCAGUUACUGUGCUGAUUAAUACCGAGUUCUUUACAUAUUUGUUUUUUCGGUAAUAUAUAGGAUGCUGAUGGGGCAUAAUAAAACAUAAUACCUCUUAUUAUAAUAUAUGUAACUAUAAAGACAUAAAAAUCUUUUGAUCUCUGAUACUUUUAUUAAUGUAAUAACAUUUUUUUAGCUCAAUUUCAUUGACAUUGUUAUUUUUA